GUUGAGCUACUCAGAUAUAUAUCAUCACAUAAUUAAUAUUUGGUUCUAAGCUAUAGGAUAUGGAGGGUGGUGGGGAAAAAAUGAUUCUCAAACCUAUCCAAAUACCAAAGAAUUUAAAUGAAAAUGGAGGAGAAGAAGAAGCAAUAUUACUAAGUCCAUCUUCUAGAAUGUUUCAUGAGCCUAGCUACAAUGUUUAUGUCUUAGCCAUUAUGGGCUGGAAAGUACCAAUUGAUGUUGACUCCAUCAAAGCUGAAUUACAAAGCAAGAUGCUUAAACACCCACGCUUUUCCAGUUUGCAGGUUAUGGAUGAGAGUGAUAGUGGCGGAAACAUGCGAUGGGUUCCGACAACAGUGAACAUAGAUGAUCAUGUCAUAGUGCCCCAUAUAACCGAUAUUAAUAUGGAAAACGAGGAAUUUGUCGAAGAGUAUAUAUCAAACCUAAGCACAACAAAUGUUGACAUGUCGAAACCUCUAUGGGAUUUUCACAUUCUCAACGUGAAAACAUCUCAUGCUGAGGCAACUUCUGUUUUUCGUAUUCAUCAUUCUAUUGGAGAUGGAGUUGCCCUCAUGUCCCUCUUACUCUCUUGUUUUCGGACAACUUUGGAUCCUACUUGCUUGCCUUCUCUCCCAGAUUUUUCUUCUUCGAAGGACAAAUCGAAUUUAUCACUAAGCAAAAAUAGGAAAAGAGUUUUGUGGCAGUACCUCGUUAAGUUGUGGCUGCUCAUCAAACUUCUGUUGAAUACAGUUGUUGACGUUUUGCUGUUUAUAGCGACUGCGCUCUUCUUGAAGGACUCUCAAUCACUUUUCACGACUACACAAGGAUUUAAUGCGUCUGCUCGUCAGAGAUAUAUCUAUCGGAGUGUUAGCUUGGACGACAUUAAAUUUAUAAAGGAUGUCACAAACGCAAAGGUUAACGAUGUUGUACUGGGGAUAAUACAAUCAGCUUUGUCUCGUUAUAUCCAUCGAAGAUACGGCAAGAGUAAGUUUUCUCUAGAAGGAAUGAGAUGCAGAGCCAAUGUUAUAAUGAAUCUGAGACCAGCUUUUGGGGUCCAAGCUGUAGCUGAAAUGAUUGAGAAGAAUGCUUCAGUGAUACAAGGAAAUUGUUUUGGCUUUGUCUUGAUUCCAUUAACUAUAGCCCAGAUAGAGAAUCCUCUUGAUUAUGUUCGCAAAGCUAAGACAUUAAUGGAUCGAAAGAAGCAUUCCCUUGAGUCACAGUGCACCUUUUACGCUGCACAGCUUUUCCUCAAGUUCUUUGGCUAUAAGGGUGCGGCAAAACUUGCUCAAAGAGUUCCCUACCAAACAACACUAGCCCUUUCAAACGUAAUCGGUCCGCAUGAAGAAAUUUCUUGCGCAGGCCAUCCAUUGGAAUUCGUUGCCCCAACAUGUUCUGGCUAUCCCACUGGGAUAAUGGUUCACGUGUGUAGCUAUGCCAAGAAGUUGACAUUUACUAUAGCGGUUAAUGAAGGUAUAGUUCCAGAUCUGAAUCAGCUUGGAGAUGAUUUCAUCGAUUCAUUUAUGCUUAUCAAAGAGGCUGCUGAUCUCGCAAAAUUGGGAACUAAAGUUGACUAGCUCAUUACACAGUUGAAAGCUCCUCAACAAAACGUAGCUUGACAGACGUGGUCCUAUAUAUAAUGAUGAUUAAUGACUACCUUAUGAUAUAUGGACUUGUCGCUCAAAAUUUAUAUAGUAUUACAUAAUCAAAAAAAAUAUAUAUAUAUAUCACAACUUGACAGACGUGGUCCUAUAUAUAUAUAUAUGAUGAUUAAUGAUUACGUUAUGAUAUAUAGACUUAACGCUCAAAAUUUAUAUAUUGAGUACUAUGUAAUAUGGUAGUAGUAUUAUUGUAACGAAAUAAAAUUGUUAUCCUUGUGUACCAA